GGCCCCUGCGUAGUUCUUCCCCCACACUGACUUCGCUCUCGCAGCCAGCCAGCCAGCCACUCUUCCCGCUCUCGCCUAGGUCUGCACUGCCACCGCCACCGUCGCCGCGCUUUGACCGCGCUCUGCUCCCUCAGGCCGCGCAUCUGUGACCAGGUCCGCCGCUGCCGCCGCCACCACCGCCGAGCCUCAGACUCUGAAGUCUCGGCGCCCGCGAUCGCACCAGCUUCUUGGCCUUAGAGACCCCGCGCUCUGGGCUGACGCGGAAGCGCAGCCAUCCCCGCCACCUCCACCAUGGCCAACACUGGAGCCACGCGCCGCCACCGCCGCCGCGCCGCCGCCGCCGCCGCCGCCGCCGCCGCGGCCGCCGCGGCAGAUAGCGAUAGCCCGCCGCCCACCACGGCCCAGCAGCAAACAGGUAGCAGGAAACGGAAAGCGCCGGCGAUCGAGGCCGGCGCCGGGAGCUCCUCGUCGCAGGGCUUAGCGGCGGCUGACGGAGAGGGGCCGCUACUACCUAAGAAGCAGAAGCGGCCGGCGACGCGUCGCUGGCUGGUGCACUAUCUGAAGGGCCGGGAGGUAGGCGCACGGGGCACCGCGGGGCUUCAGGGCUUCGAGAGCGAGCUGCGGGGCUACGCGGUACAGAGGCUGCCCGAACUGCUGACGGAGCGCCAGCUAGACCUGGGCACCCUCAAGGUGUUCGCGUCUCAGUGGCUGAACUCCAGGCAGGUGGUGUGCGGCACCAAGUGUAACACGCUUUUCGUGGUGGACGUGCAGUCGGGCCACAUCACACGCAUCCCCCUCAUGCGGGACAAGGAUGCCGACCUGGCCCAGGCUCAUCACGGCUGUGGCAUCCAUGCCAUCGAGCUGAAUCCCUCCAAGACGCUUCUAGCCACCGGCGGCGAAAACCCCAACAGCCUGGCCAUCUACCGGCUGCCCACCCUGGAUCCCCUGUGCCUGGGCGACCGCCAUGGCCACAAGGACUGGAUCUUUGCCAUCGCCUGGCUGAGUGACACCGUGGCUGUGAGCGGCUCCCGCGACGGCACCGUGGCGCUGUGGCGGAUGGACCCGGACAUGUUCGAUGGCACCAUUGCCUGGCACAGUGGUGGAUCUCCCGUAUAUGCCCACAUUCGUCCGAGGGAUGUGGAGACCAUACCCAGGGCCACCAGCAACCCGAGCAACCGCAAGGUGCGGGCCCUGGCCUUCAGCGGCAAGAACCAGGAGCUGGGAGCCGUGUCCUUGGAUGGCUACUUCCACCUGUGGAAAGCCCGGAGCACACUGUCCAGGCUGCUGUCCACCAGGCUGCCCUACUGCCGAGAGAAUGUGUGCCUGACCUACUGCGAUGAAUUGUCCGUGUACGCUGUGGGCUCUCAGUCCCACGUCUCCUUCCUGGAUCCGCGCCAGCGCCAGCAGAACAUCCGGCCCCUGUGCUCUCGAGAGGGUGGCACGGGGCGUGCGGGUCGCUGAGCUUCUAACCGCCACCUGAUCACUGUGGGCACCGGCCAUGGCUCCCUGCUCUUCUAUGACAUACGCGCCCAGAAGUUCCUGGAGGAGAGAGCCUCCGGCCUUGACUCCACUCCGGAACCUGCAGGGAGGAAGCUGAAGCUUGACUGUGGCAGAGGCUGGCUCAACCAGGAUGACGUCUGGAUGAAUUACUUUGGUGGCAUGGAAGAUUUCCCCAACGCCCUCUACACUCACUGCUACAACUGGCCGGAGAUGAAGCUCUUUGUGGCUGGGGGCCCUCUCCCUUCAGGCCUCCAUGGGAACUACGCCGGCCUCGGGAGCUAAGGAUGGACGCCUUGUUCUCAAUUUGCACAGGUGGAACCAGUCUAACUUAAGUGUGCCUCGUGUAUUAGCCAGAGAAAGGAAGAGAAAAAGAGAACUGGAACAAUCCAGUGGGUACGAGAGAGCACAAGUGGUCCUUUGGACAGUCAAAACUUUGGCUUUAAAACUCUCAUUCACGUUCCCAACAGCAGUAUAUUUUUGCCUUCUCAUUCAAAGAGUUUUCACUGAACCUUAAUUGUGUUCUGUCUUUCAGAGAUUCACGUAGCCUCCUUCUUUAGGCUGAUGCAGUCAUAGUCUUCACUACUAUUCAGUGCGUUAGUUUGAUUAAUAUGCAAUAGUAUUCAGAUCUUGUACACAUGUUAGAUGUAUGGUGUUUGGGGGAAAUGUGUGCUACAAAGCAUCUUUGGGGCUGUUCUGAGGAACUACCCAUCAUUUAUAGCCUUAUUCUAAUUAGAAAAUACAGUUCAGGUUCUAGAUUGCCACCAUUGUAGAGUGUGGCCCACACCAUUUUAGGGUGUGAUUCAUUUGGAUGUUGGAAACUCAAUGUCUGUUGCUUGUAUAUUGUUGAUGUGUAAAUGCUUUAAAAAUAUGUUCUCUUAGUCAGAAAUCUUCAUAUUGUCAUACUAUUAAUUAACAAUUUUGGUUAUUCAGUAAAACUUAACAUCACUAUCCUCAGGCCCUCAGUAUUCUUGUUUAAAGCCGCUGUAUUGUGGCCUGCUUUUCUAUGCUACAGAUUUUCAGAAAUAAUCAAUAUUGAUCUAUAUAUGUAGUAGGGCAAUCAGGGAGGUAUGGGCGGAGGGGGGGAACUCUUUAAAUUCAGGUAGCUAUUUGCAGUGAAAAGCCAGUUGUGGGCAGUUUGUGCUGAGAGUAGGUGUUGUUGAUUUUUUAUACUGUAUACAUGGAUAAUUCUGGAUCCAGUAUGUGAUGUAUUGCAGAAAAAUAAAUAAAAUAUGUUCAGCAUCUUAGCAA